GUGCGGGCGGCGGCUGCAGGUGUCACCGGCAGCAGCGAGACACGGUACCCUGGGGGAGGUUGCGCUGUUCUUGGGACCGCCACUCCCCGCUGGCCUCAUAGCGGAGUCAGUUCCUCUCCGUCCAGUUUCUCCGUCUCUGCCGCCAUGACAACCACGACCACCUUUUCGGGCAUGGACCCCAGUGGCAGGAACAGCUCCAGAGUGCUGCGUCCUCCUGGAGGUGGAUCCAACUUCUCCUUGGGCUUUGAUGAACCAAAAGAGCAACCUGUGCGGAGGAACAAAAUGGCAUCCAGCAUCUUUGGAACUCCUGAAGAAAACCCUCCUUCCUGGGCUAAAGCAUCAGGGACUAAGCCAGGUGAAAUCAGAGAGGACUGUCAGUCAUCUGGACCACAAAGAACAAACUCAACUGAAGCGAACUGUGGAGACUUUGUAGAUCUCAAGGGAGGAGAUGUUGGUGGUGAAGCUUCUGAAAUCACUGAGCCUGAUGUAGAAGCUGCCCCAGGUCAGAAUGAAGAAAAAUCCCUGCCUGCUGCACCUGUUCCUAGCCCAGUAGCACCAGCACCUGCACCGUCCAGGAGAAAUCCACCCGGUGGCAAGUCCAGCCUAGUCCUCGGUUAAUCCUUUCCCUUCCCGACUGUUUUUGAACUCGUGUCUUGUUUCUUUUCCCCCAUGCUUGUGAACUGCACAACUUGAGCCUGACUGUACAUCUCUAAUUUCUUUCAUUAAAAAGAAGCACUUUAUGUACUCCAUCUUUUUUUUUUUGUUGUUUGAGAUACCAUGGGUUUUGGUUCCC